GUUCAGCCUCAAAGGUAGAUACUUUUAGUAUAAUUCCAGGCAGCAAGCAAAGCAUCUCGUUUCGAUCUUAUCCCCACUUCACCUGGUAUCGUCCCCCAACGCUUAUAUGGACUCCCCUCCCAUGAGUCUCUCGACUCUGCACUCGCUAUGUCUGAUCAAAAUGCUCUCGACCUCUUGGCUUCUCAUGGGGUCACUCGUCUCUUGUCUUCUCAUGGCCAGGUUCCCCUCUCAUCCCUUGAGAACCAGUCAAUCUGCAUCCUCUUCUCUGCAAAUUGGUGCAGACCGUGUAGAACCUUCAUCCCUCAGCUGGCGCAGCUGUACGAGACUGUAAAUGCUGCUGGUGAGCAUCCGCUUGAGAUCCUAUUCGUUUCCUUGGAUCAUGACGAGGAUGCUUUCAAUGAGCACUUCCAGUGCAUGCCCUGGCUCGCAGUCCCCUUCGACGUGAGCUUGCACGGACGGCUCAACAAACACUAUCGCGUCCACCGCAUCCCAUCCCUCGUUCCCUUGACCUCAGAAGAGAUACCAGGUCACGAUGAGUUGAUUGGUUUGGUCGAAGAUUACGGAGCUGAAGCGUUCCCUUUCACGAAGAAAAGACUGGAGGAGCUCAAGAUUCUUGAUGUCUCCAGGCGCGAAGAUGGAAACUUGGAGCACCUAUUGGCAGGGGAAGGUCGAGACCAUCUUUUCCUUUCUGUCGGUGGAGCUGGAAGGCUGCCAAUUACCCAUCUCAUAGGGAAGACGAUAGGGCUCUACUUCGGGGCGAGUUGGAGUCCUCCGUGUUCUGAUUUCACUGGACAACUCAUGGAAGCUUACGCGGAGCUCAAAGCAGCCGCCAGAGAUCAAUGCUUCGAGGUCAUAUUCGUUUCGACGGAUGGUAACGAGGAAUAAUUCGACGCGAACACGCGCAGCAUGCCGUGGCCGUUCAUGCCGUACGAGGAUAAGAGCCGAAAAGAUCUAUGCAGAGUAUUCAACGUCCGGAGGAUUCCGGCAUUGAUAAUCAUAGGCCGAGACGGGAAGACGGCGAGCAGAGAGGGGAGAGAGAUGGUGUCGGAGUACGGGGCGAUGGGGUUCCCGUUCACGGAGGAGAGGAGGAGGGAAGUGGAGGAGUGGCUGAGGAAGGAAGGAGAGAAGCUGGGGAGGGAGGUGAAGGAUGCAAGGCACGAGCACGUGCUGAAGCCGGGGAUGGCCAAGGCGUACGUAUGCGACUCGUGCAAGAGAGGAGGGAGGUUCUGGGCAUUGUCUUGUGAAGACUGCAACUACGAUCUUCAUCCCACCUGCUUAAAUUAAUAUUAUUAAACUUAAUAAUAUAAACUCAUAAAUUGUAAUAGCUGUAUUUAUCCUAUUAUUAAAAAGGUUAUUUUUAAACAUGGAAUGAAUGUAUCU